AUGGCUCUGUCGCGCGCCGAGCGGUGCCUGGUGCUGCUGCUGCGCCUGGUGUCGCGCGCCUGCCUGGCGCUGCUGGCGCUGGCGGCGCGCGCCGCCGCCGCCGCCCCCCGUCCCGCCGCCGCCGGCCCCGCGGCGCGCGCCGUCCCGCCGCCGCGGCGCGCGCUGCUGCUGCUGCCCGCGCGGCAGCUGGCGCGCCGCAUCCGCGCCCGCCAGGUGAAGUGCGUGGAGGUGGUGGAGGCUUACAUCGAGCGGAUCAGAGAGGUCAACCCGCUCACCAACGCCGUCGUUAAGGACAGGUUUGAGGAGGCCCUGGAGGAAGCCCGGCAGGUGGAUGAGCUGCUUUCGGAGGGCCCUGCUGAUGAAACUCUAGAGGAGAGGUUUCCUUUCCUGGGGGUUCCCAUCACUGUCAAGGAGGCCUUUUCUCUGCAAGGGAUGCCCAACACAUCUGGCCUGGUUAGCCGCCGCAACGUGAUUGCCACAUCGGAUGCCGUGGUGGUGUCACGACUGAAGCAGGCGGGUGCAAUCCCCCUGGGUGUGACCAACUGCAGCGAGCUGUGCAUGUGGUAUGAAUCCAGCAACAGGGUCUAUGGCCGGACAAACAACCCUUACGACCUGCAACGGAUUGUGGGCGGCAGCUCAGGUGGGGAGGGCUGUGUCCUGGCAGCAGCUGGCUCGGUGAUAGGUGUGGGCUCUGAUAUCGGUGGCAGCAUCAGGAUGCCCGCCUUCUUCAAUGGAGUCUUUGGCCAUAAACCCACUGCAGGGGUGGUACCCAACGAUGGCCAGUUCCCAAAUGCUAAGGGGGUGCGGACCAACUUUUUGUGCACGGGGCCCAUGUGCCGUUACGCAGAAGACUUGGAACCUAUGUUGAGGGUCAUGGCUGGGCCUGGAGUCAGAAAACUGAAACUGGAUGAAAAGGUGUCACUGGAGAAAAUAAAAUUUCACUGCAUGGAUCAUGAUGGUGGGUCCAUUUUUGUGUCACCUGUGGACAAGGAGAUCUUGCAGAUGCAAAAGAAGGUGGUGGAGCACCUUGAAGGUGAGCUGGGGAUCCAAGUUCAGCGUGUGGCAAUCCACAAAAUGAAGUAUUCUUUCCAGAUCUGGUCAGCCAUGAUGUCUUCCAAGGACAGCGAUGGGCAGGAGGCACAGCUAUUCACAGACCUGCUUGGGGAUCAUGGAAAGCCGGUGUGGCCACUAUGGGAGUUGAUGAAGUGGCUCGUGGGGAUGUCUUCCCAUACUUUCCCAGCCAUUGCCCUAGGAUUGACAGAGAAGCUGGUGAAACUCAACCCUGGUGGGAAUGCCAAGUUGGUGAACAUGGGGAAGAGCCUGCAGGCUGAGAUGGAGACCUUACUGGGGCCAGAUGGCGUGCUCUUGUACCCUUCUCAUCCCACCGUGGCACCCAAGCAUCACUCUCCCUUGUGCAUGCCCUUCAACUUUGCCUACACAGCUAUCUUCAACGUUUUGGGUUUGCCUGUGACACAGUGCCCACUAGGCCUGAGCAGCGAGGGCCUGCCGCUGGGCAUCCAGCUGGUUGCAGCUGCCUACAAUGACCACCUGACGCUGACAGUAGCCCGGUACCUGGAGAAGGCCUUUGGAGGAUGGGUAUUCCCUGGGAAAGCCUAGCAUGGGUUCCCAGGACUCCAAGGAGGCAGAAUUGUGUUCAGAAAGGCUGGCUGCACGUGCUGAUAUCUGAUACAGUCACAGCACUACCUGCUCCCUCUGCACAGGGGGAAAGCUGGCCAACCCCAUGUCUUCACCCUGUGGGCAGUGCAGGGAUGUGGGGAGAUCAAAUCGUUCCCACUGGAGCGGUCUCUUCCCCACGGUACCAUCUGUGAGGGGGGAGACCUGUCCUGCCUGCCGUCCCUCAGGAGCCCCUGAUACCCUGCACUCUGAGCAGACAGCCCAUGUCCUGUCUGGGGCAGACACUGAUGUUUCCAUAGGCACAGAGAUGACUUUCUCUGUACCUCUUGCUGCUUUAAAGAUACUGGGUAAAGGCUAGAGAGAAGGGGGCUGGCAGGGGCUUGGGUACUGCUGGACUGCUUGGGAACAGCCUCCCAGCUGCAUGCUGGGGUACUCCUGGGCACUUCAUCCUUUCUUCUCUGUCUCCCCACUCAAGUGACUGCAUGCCAGUGGCCUUUCUGCGCCAGAGGCCUGCUGGCCCCUGCAGCCCUGCUGGACUUAGAGGGCAAAGGGUUUUCCUCCCAUACCAUAACAAGGAGGAGAGGGGCUGCUGAUGCUGAAAGUACAGCUGCUGGCAGCUUUAUGAUCUGUUUGCUGCUCACUGCAGCUCUUGGUGGAGUGAACAGCAUGCUUGGCUUUGUCCUUUGUGCUCUGCCUUAUGCGGAGCUAAUGGGCAAGGAAAGAAGAAUUCUUCCAAGAGGGAGCUGGUCUUUUAAGCCUGGGCAAGGGAGGAAGAGCAUUUUUGGGAGGGUGCUCUCUUAAGCCUUUAGCAGCACUGACAGAGUUCUUUAAGUACUGCUCUCCAUAUGCUGAGAUGGCUAAAGCAUCUACUGUCCAUUUUUUUUUCAUACCCUUCCACCUCAGUGGGCUGGAUGUUUAUGGUCACUCAGCUUGAUGGGCUUCCCAUGCUCCUGCCACUCAACCUCCUGAGAUGUCAGCAGCUCCUGACUUUUGGUGUCCAACCUCUCUCUCCUCUCUUCCCCCCCCCCCCCCCCCCAUAAAUGGAUGUAUGGAGGAAUGUGGGCUGCUGGCCAUUUUGAGGGAGGCAGUGAAUGUGUGCAAGAUGUACAUAAUGAAGAUGGUAUUAAAGAGUCUAUC